CAGAUACACAUUGACAAAGCGAUCGAAGAGUUCGAGUUCCUCCUCGUAGAAUUUUAUGCCCCAUGGUGCGGUCACUGCAAAGCUCUAGUCCCAGAAUAUGAGAAGGCAGCUGAUACUCUGGCUGAAGAGAACUCCAACAUCAAACUUGCCAAGGUCGAUGCCACAAAAGAAACUAAGUGUGCUUCCAAGUAUGAGGUCAGAGGUUAUCCAACAAUCAAAUUCUUCCGUAGUGGCAAACCAGUCGAAUACAGUGCUGGAAGAACUGCCACUGAUUUUGUCAACUGGUUGAAGAAGAAGACCGGUCCAGCUGCCACCACCCUGCAAAACAAGGAAGACACAGCAGCCAUGAUUGAGAAAGAUGAGGUGGUGGUUGUUGGAUUUUUCAAGGAUGCUAACUCUGAUGGAGCCAAGGUAUUUACAGAAGUGGCUGCAGGCAUUGAUGAUAUUCCAUUUGGUAUUGCCUCAGAUACUGAUAUCUUCAAGGAGCAUGAAAUGGACUCUGAUGGUGUUAUGCUCUUUAAGAAGUUUGAUGAAGGCAAGAACAAGUUUGAAGGAGAGCUGACAGCAGAAAACCUGAAAACCUUCAUUUCUGGAAACCAGAUGCCAUCCAUCAUUGAAUUCACACAAGAGAGUGCCCAGAAAAUAUUUGGUGGUGAUGUAAAGACCCAUUUGUUACUGUUUACCGACAAUGUUGACAAGGAAUCGGAAAAUAUGAAAUCCUACAAGGAGGCUGCCACUGACUUCAAGGGAAAGGUUUUGUUUAUCUACAUCAAUACUGGUGAUGAGGACAACGCAAGAAUCCUCGAAUUUUUUGGUCUGAAGAAGGAGGAGACCCCAGCUGUACGUCUGAUCAAACUCGAGGAAGAUAUGACCAAAUUUAAGCCCGAAACCAAUGACCUCACAGCUGAUGCUCUUAAAUCUUUUGUUAAUGGUGUUCUCGAUGGUACAAUUAAGGCACAUUUGAUGACUGAAGAUGUGCCAGCAGACUGGGAUGCUAAACCUGUAAAAGUUUUGGUUGGUAAAAACUUUGUAGAAGUAGCCAAGAAUAAAGACCAGGAUGUUCUCGUUGAGUUCUAUGCACCAUGGUGUGGACAUUGUAAACAAUUAGCCCCUAUCUGGGAUCAGCUGGGAGAGAAGUAUGAAGGUAAUGACAAGGUUGUUAUCGCCAAGAUGGAUUCCACAGCCAAUGAAGUAGAAGAUGUUAAAGUACAGAGCUUCCCAACAAUCAAAUGUUUCCCGAAAAAUAGUGAGGAAGUUAUAGAUUACAAUGGUGAAAGAACUCUAGAUGGAUUCAAAAAGUUUUUAGAUGCUGGUUGCAGUAAAGAACUUGCUGGUGCUAGUCAGGAAGAGGAUGAUUACGAUGAAGAAGAGGGAGAAGAAGAGGAGGAGGAGGAGGAAGAGGAAGGUGGCGACACUCACGAUGAGCUGUAAACAUCACAGACAAUAUCAUUGCUCUCAUGUAUAAUCCAGUCAUUAUCUCACCUUGAUGCAAUAACAGGAUAACUCUAGCACAUUUCUGUCAGGAGUUACCUUUUCUUGUAUCAAAGUGAUUAUAAACAUUGAAUCAUGUUGAAGUCUUUCUUCAAAUUUUAUGGUCUUAUUGGAACUAGCAAGUAAUGCAGUGGAAUGAAAGCAGCAACAGGUUUUACAAGAUAAAUGCAGAAUGUUCAAGAUUAGAAUUUCCUAGCACACAGUUUUAUCUUUUAUUCUGUUACCAUCUGUGAAGCUCUCUAUGUUAUUCGGUAUAAUGUCUUUAAAAUUGCAUAGAAAUAUUUGUUCAUAGCUUACAUUAUCUGGGUACAAAUGUUUAAGAGUUAUUAUCAGAGUAUAUUUAAACUUCUUCCAAAGAUGGCAUUUGCAUAAUACAUAGAUUGUUUGAACUUACCAUUUAGUUAAUUUGGAACAGAUUUUUUUUCUUAUUUUUAUAUUGAUAUUAAUCAUACAGAUAGGUUGGUCUUUAUUUCACUGUCCUGGUACAGCUGCCAAAUAUACAGACCUACAGUGCAAACAUUUAGCAUUAAGAUUAUCUCCCCUUAAAAUGCAGGUUACCAUUUUAAAGUGGGUGGAGUACAGUGUUCAUAUCUCAUUGUUACAAUAGUUACUCAUUUAGUUGUUUAAUAGAAUCUUUGUACGAGUGCUAUAGCUAUGUUAUAAAAAAUGUAGCUAUGUUAUAAAAAAUGUGAGAAACCAAGUUGUUUGGGUGUGAAUGAACUAGAAACCAAUGGCCUAUGUACUUGGUAGUUCAGAUAUGCUGGAAAGUUAUCAGUUAAAAGGAGAUCCUCUGAAGGCAUAGAAGACAGUAAAGCAAAAUACCAGACUUUAGUCUAGAACUUCUUAAAUUGUGUUCUUUAAAACAUAUAGGUAUUACAUUUACAAAAAGUGAUACAAGUUUUCAAUAUUUGACUGGAUUUACUAAAUACAUUUCAUUGUAGUCUUCAAGCAUGUAUUUCCUCGCAAUAGAUUUGUCAUGUUUGGUAGGGUAAGUCAUUGCGUUUAAUAUUGAUAAAGACAAGUGAAAGGUUGAUCUUUGUAACCAGAUAUUUGUAGAUAAGUAAACUGGGUGAUUGUAUAAUUAGGCGUAUUCAAAUUGUGUGCAAGGUGUUUUAUUUGUAUUUUGUUUUUGUUUCUUCUAAUUGAUUUUUUAUGUUUUGGGACAAGGGUUUUCUAGAAUCAUUCUUACAGAUUAUCAACUGUUACUUUAUAGAAAAUGUUAGUUUUCAGUCAUUUUUGUCUUUUUAGAUUAAUUGUUGAUAAUUUUUAAGUAUGGUGCAAUACAUGUAUGUUGCUUGUCUUUGAUAUUUUGUUUGUAUAUUUAUAAAUAUUGUUUUAUGAAGAUAUUCAACUACUAUACACAUAGAUAUCAAAUUGCACAUACAACAAUUUGAUGCCACAUUUUCUAAGUGACUGUUUGCUUAUAUUAACAUUUAGUUUAGACCUUAACUCAGACACAUGGAUUCAGCAUAUAAGGUUUUUUGUUUUGUGAAAUACCUUGUUCUUAGUGCUGUUACUGAGUUUUUGUUAUCCAUCUAGAGUUAGAACUUGUCAGAAAGUUUUUGAAUGUAAGAUAAAGUUAAAUCUCUAUCUAAUUUAGGAACAACGAAAUUAUAUAAAAAUCAAAGAACCAGUUUCACACACUGUAAAACUUCUGUACAGACCGCCUGACUAUAGAAAACUAGUUUCAUUGCCAUAUGAAAUAUUUUCAUAGUAUUUUUGCCUGUCAGUACAGACAAGGUGUACAUAAAGACCUAACUUUUAUCCAAGCAUGAUCAUACUAUAUAAGCACGGUCGUACUAAAGAGAUUUGACUGAAGUUAUAAUUUCUCAUAUUUUUGUAUGAUAGACAAAAUGAUAAACAAAACCUACUGACAAACACAUAUUAUCCUUUGAUGUUAACAUCAUAGUUUCUUUUUAUCCUUAAAAUAGUGCUACUGUAUGGCUUCCAUUAUAAAAAAAAAGAAUUUGUUAUUGUAAAUAUGUUAGUUAAUUGUUAAACCAUCACGAGAGUAGUAUUAAUUGAUUAGACUUUAUCUAGUUUUCCUUUGAAGUGCCAUUGACGUCUUACCAUAGCUCACUAUAGAACAGUACGCACUUUUACAUAUUGUUGAUAUUGUCAUCCUUUUUUCUUGUUACUUGUUUUCUUUUUACUUCGAUAAGCGAGAAAUAUUUUGACAAAUUGGGAAACAGACCAUAAAAUCAAAAUUUAUGAAUUGUUAUUAGAGUGCAAAUGGUUUUCAGAUGAAGCAUUAAGAACAUACUGUUGUCUAGGUUUGUGAUGGUUAUUGGCAACAACAAUGCCAGCUAUCAGUAUAUACGAAUUGUUGCAAGAAACUGGCUUCUGAUAUUAUACUAUCAACAGUCCUACAGAAGAUGUGAAAGCUUUUUCUAUAUAUACAGAUAUGUGUCAGUGUAAAUGUAUUUGAAUGCAUUCCACGCGAUGGCAAGGAUCUGAGUUUGUAUUCUUAAUUUAGUUUUACUUGUUGUUUCUACAGGGCAGAAAAUGCUUGAAAAUAUUUUUUUUCGAUCGUUUAGUGCUAAGGAACAGAGGCAUUAUGGACAUAGUCAUCUUCAUUUGAAUUUGAAGUAGCAUUUUUAUAUAAUGCUGACUUUAUGCAUAGUACAUAGUGAUUUAAUACAAGAUUGUGAUUGGUUUUAGACAAGGAACUUCAGUGGGAGAGAAUAGAAUGUGUUUAUACCGUUCCGUAUACCUGUAACAAAGGGAUUCCUAGAUACGGAGUUGCUGAAAUGAAAACAGCUACUCACUUCUGGUGCUUGUAGAGAUGAAACUGGUCUGAAAAAUAUUCCUGUUUUAAUAAAAGUAGUUGCUUCAUGUGAAGUUUAGGGAGUGAAUUUCAGUGAGAGAAGUUAUGGUGCGUUUUGUAAAUGCAGUAUUGAUUUGCCAAGUAUUGUGGUGCACAAUAUUUUUGUUUGAACACCAGACAGGAUGUAUUGAUAGGGAAAUUAUCUAAUAUUUAUUGAAACAUAAAUGUCCAGAGUUUCAUUCUGAAACAAAUAAAAGAUAAAAUAACUAAGAA